AUGGCGCUCUAUUAUGCUCCUAUAACAUCACAGAAAAAAUCUUUAAAUGAUUAUCAAAAAAUAUAUUCCGAUUGGUAUCACGAAUUCGAAAAAUACAACAAAUUGACCAUGAAAUCCUGGCAAAGAAAACAUGAGCAAUGGACGAAAUUCAGAUGGUUUUUUUGUCCAGUAUGGUCUUUAACACUCUAUGAAAAUAGUAAACGUUCAGUAAAACGGUAA